AGGUUUUUUCGAGCUACUUGAAUUAGCUUUAAAUUUGUCGUCGCCUUUGACUGGUAGUAUUGACUAUCUUGGUAAAAGUAAAGAAAUUAUAAAUGUCCUUUAUUUAUUUGUAACUAUAUCGAUGCGUUUAAAAGUUAAGGCAACAAUCAAGAUAAUUUGCUUCGAAAUUCGAAAAGAAAAGUGUGACCGGACUUACAGUUUUAUUUUCGGUAUAUUUUAAUACAUAGCUGUGCAUGUUUACAAGAGCUAAUGAAAUAUUUUGUUUGUUUUAAAUGAUAAUGGAAUCAGAUGAUAUUGGCGCAAUACAUGUGGAAGCAAUUGAAGUGAUUUUAAAUCAUAUACUAUACGUUCGCGGUGUUUAUCCUGAACAAAUCUUUAAGAAGCGCCGCAUUUACAACACGCCAGUCUUUAUAGUCGCAUUUCCGGCAUUAAAUUCUUACCUAGCCAAUGUGCUAAGAACUGUGCAGCAAUUGCUGCAGAAUCCCGCGCAACAACUGAAGCUAGAAGUUAUUAUAUAUGGAAAUGAUCCAGAGCACACGGAAAGCUACUUGUUGGAAAUGCAACCGGUUCAAUCCGAUCACACACAGGAUCAAUAUUUAAUGGAGUACGAACAACAACUAAGCGCGGCACUUUACAAAUUGGCGGACCGCGUAAAACAUUUACCGAAACUCGGUCAAAAUGCAAAGUUUAAGGUGCAUAUUCAUACAACACAAACUGCCUUUACACAGCUCAGCCAUGAUGCACAAUACCAGGAGUUUCCCUGGCUGCAAGCAAGUGCCAAUCCGCAGCAGUUGGAGCCCCGUAAAUUUUCCCUACUGCCCCUAGCAACAGUUGACAAGGUGGGCUUGAAAAUGGAUGCACAUAUAUGUGGUUAGGUUUUAAAAUUGUAUAUUAAGCAAUACAUUUUACAUGAGACAUAUAAAAAAAAAACUACUUUUUAGAGCAAUCCU